GAUUUUUAAAAAUAUUGUAUACCUAUACAUUAUUUAAAUUAUAAAAUAAACGAAAUUUAUAGUGCGAUAAAAAUGAUUAAAAAAAUUAAUAUUUUCUUGGUUUUUCCACUAAUCGCAAUAUUUUUUACGAAAUAUUCACUAGCUAAAGCUUCACUUGGUGGUGCAGUAGGAAAUUUAAUUGAUGAUGUUGUAGAUGGUGUACCACCAAUUGUUAAUGGAGUUAAUGUUUUAUUUCAAGGUGUUGUUAAUGCUGUACCUCCAGUAUUAGGUGAAGUAAAUAGUUUAGUACAAGAAGUUGCAGAAGCAGUACCACCAGUUACCGAAGAAAUAAAUGGUAUAAUACAAGAUGUUGCACAAGCUGCACCACCAAUAUUUGAUGGUGUACACAGUAUAUUUCAAGAAGUAAUUGAUGCUAUUCCACCAUUAUUCAAUGAAGUGAACGGUUUAUUACAAAAUGUUGCAAAUUCAGUUAAUCCAAUUAUUAGUGAAGUAAAUCAAUUGUUUCAAAAUGCUGCAAAUGCUGCAAAUGCUGCAAGUAAUGAUAUACAAGAAUCAACAAGUGGUGGUAGACAAAAAUCAAAACAUCAAUAAA